AUCUUCUUCUUUAGUCCUAGCUGAGCCUUGAUCAUGGCAACCAGUAUCUUUUAAGACUAAGUUCUUGUCAAUUUGCCCUAGCUUAUGAAAUGGAGGUUUUGAGCGAGGUGCAUCUGGAAUGCGGAUCUGGAUGCGUCGUGUCCUGCUUCACAAUCAGCAGCGCCAAGUCAGGUACACUCUCUGGGCUCGGAUCGUCCACCCAAAUAUCUUCCUACGCAGACAGUGACAAAGUUCCAUCGGCUCAAGGGCGCAGCUCGGCGGCGCAUCAAGUGGAUACAACGAGUGGAGUGGACGACGAUGGUGAUCUCAUUGUCGCUCGGAGAAGCACAGCAGUUUUGGUUCCAGACAGGCCGAGAGAGUCCAUACUGAUAUAUCACAACAUGGCCACCGCCAUCCCUCUAGUAGGUUUGCAGGUGUGGAGAGGAGCACUACUCCUUGCCGACUUUAUAAUCCACAAGUGCAAGAACACCUCCGACUUUGAGAAUGUCACGGCUCUGGAAUUCGGGUGCGGGACAGGACUAGCAGGCAUUACCCUUGCACGCCAUGCCAAGCUCGUUUUCCUGACGGACAGGGGUGCGGAUGUGCUUGACAACUGCUCUCGGAACGUUUUUGCAAACCGCGAGUCCUUUCUUCGGGGCGAGUCCGGCGUUAGAGUGCGAGAGCUGGAUUGGGAGGAAGGCUGGCCACCCCGGACGACAAACAUGCAACAGGCAGCGACGAGCUCUCCGUACCUUUGGAGCCAACAGGAUCUCAAGGAUGUGGAGGACGCCACCAUCUUUCUGGCCGCAGAUGUCAUCUACAGCGACGACUUGACCGAUGCUUUCUUCCGAGCUGUGUCAAAGAUGCUCCUUCCUGGAUCAAACAAAGUUGAGCCAAAGUCCUACCUUAAAGCUCUCGAGUUCCUUCUCACUCCACCUGGUGCACAGGCACUCUACCUUGGACUUGAGAAGCGCUACAAUUUUUCCAUGGACGCGCUGGACGUGGUAGCCAAUGGCUAUGCAAACUUUGUUGGACACCUGAGCGUAGAAGGGGAAAACACCAGUGCUGCAUUCCUCGGCAAACGUUUGGAUGAUUUCACGGUCCCAAAAUACAUUAUGGAAUACGAUCGCGGUACAGACUUGGAGCUAUGGGAGAUAUGUGCAGCGCCACAGAGGCAGUGAAAGCGGAGAGCACUAUUUGGCCUUGACCGGAAGGACCUUCUCCACGAUCUUGUCGCUGAGCUCCUGCACUUGCGUCUCCAGGCUCUUGAGCGUCUCCUGCUUUUGCUCUUCCAAGUUGGCGAGAGCUUGAGCCAGCUCCUGCUCGAUUCGCUCCCUUGAUUUUUGCAGUUUGGCCUCCAGCUCCGCGGCGGUCUCCUUCUUCAUCUUGUUCAGUGCGGCGGUGGUCUCGGCUCUGGCCGCCUGAAUCAACGCCUCGGCUUCGUCUUGGAGCUUCUUAAUCUCCUCCGAGUUGUCCUUGACGCUC